UUUAGGGUUCUUUGAAUCGAGUUUAAUGUUUUAGGGUUCUUCAGUGGUGGGAUCCCAAUUCUCGCGACGGGGGAGGUUGGAUUUCGAUGGCGAGCAAUGGCGCGGCAUCGUCAUCGAGCGCGACAGCGACGACGACGGUGACGCUGCAACAGCCGCGGCAACCGGAGAGGCUGACGCUGCGCCUGGCGCCGCGGCGCAAGAAGAAGGUGAGUUGGAAGGCGGACACUGUCGACAACGAGUUCUUGGACAAGAAGAGCUCCAAGAUUUGCUGCAUUUUCCACAAGGAGGAGGAAUUCACGGACAGCAGCAGCAGCGAAGACGAUGGCGAUCCGGGCGAUGAGAAGAAGAAGAUGAAGAAGAAGGAGAAAUUGGAACGGAAGAGCUCGAGAAUGGAUGGAUCGUCCUCUUCCAAACACCAUGAACACCACGAGUGUUGUAAGAAAUAAGCUAGUCUCGGCCGUCGGUUGUUUCGAAUCCAACGGUCCUCGUGCUUCUUGACGCCAAGGUUUCUGGUGAUGGCGAUGGCGCUGGCGCGCGCCCGGGUAGCGCAUUUUGCGAGAGGCGCGGCCGGGAUCGGCAGCGCGCAUCACAGGAGGUAAUGUGAUCCAUUUCGAUCGAUCGAUUCUUCGUU